AUGAUAUUUUUCGAACGAUAUCAUGAAUUAGAUAAACGUACUCGCGAUCUUGAACAUUCUAAUAAUGAACUAAAACAAUUGAAUAGUCAAUUAGAAAAAGAUAUUCUCAGUUUUGGUGGCGUUAGCGAUUUAUUUCGUCGAAGUCCAGAAGGACAAACAAGUGAUCAUAGUGAAAAAGAAAUAAUUAAUGAUGUUCUCAAUAAUUCACCAACAGAAAUCAAUGUUAAACAUUUCGCUCCAAAAACGAAGCAAUCAACAUCAUCAUCAUCUGAUGAGACUCUGACAGCUAUUGUUAUCAGUCAACGAGAAAGAUUUCGUAUAAGAAAUAUUGAAUUAGAAGGGGAAAAUGUUUCGUUAAAACAACAAAUUGGUCUAUUUCAAAAUGAAGUUGAUCAACUAAGAUCUGAUAAUAUUAAAUUAUAUGAAAAAAUAAAAUUUGUUCAAAGUUAUCCUCGAGCACGUGGCGCAGAUGAAUCGGUUGAUAAAUAUUCAGGUGGUUAUGAAGCACAACUUGAUCCAUUUACAAGAUUUACAAAAAAUGCACAACAGAAGAAAUAUGAAUCGUUAAAAUUACACGAAAAAUUUGCAUUGAAUUUCGGUCAUUUCAUUUUAUCAAGUCAUCAAAGUCGAACGUUUUUUGUAAUCUAUUUUAUUCUUGUACAUGUGCUCAUAUUUUUGUCUUUGUACAGAAUUGUUCAUGUCGGCUCAUCUGUUAGAGAUUUGUCUCAAGAAUGUUUUGAUAAAUUUCGAGAUCAUAUGGCUGGUGUUCACGGGCAAAAAGAUUUUCAAAUAGAUCCAGCACAUCGACAUUAA